GCCGCUGCCGCCGCGUCGCGCGCCGGGCCGGGCCGCUGCCGCCAUCGCCAUGGGGAAGAAAUCGCGCGGCGCGCCGGGCCGCCGGCCCAUCCUGCAGCUCUCCCCUCCCGGGCCCCGCCGCGACGAGGCGGCCGCGGCGCCGGCCGAAGGGGCCGAGUCGGGUUCGGAGCCCGAUGAGCCCGAAGCGGCGGCGGAGCCCCCUCGCAGCGCGCCCAACCCGCCGCCCCCCGCUCCCGCCGCCGUCAGACCCACAGGAGGCUUGUGCCUACUCGGUGCCUACGCAGACAGUGACGAUGAGGAGGGUGAGACCCCGGAGAAGCCGUCGCGUUCUGCUGACGCCAACGGCAGCGGCUCGGCAGACAUCGACAGCACGCUGGCCAACUUCCUGGCGGAGAUCGAUGCCAUCACGGCUCCCCCUCAGCCCACCGAGCCCCCCACGGCCAGCACAACCGCCUCAGCACUGCCCCCCACUCCCCCACGCCCGGAGCCCAAGGAGCCGGGCUCGGGCCAGGCCCCCGGCGCAGCCAACGGCGCGGGCUCGGCACCGGCAGCCGAGUGGCAGUACGACACGCAGUGCUCGCUGGCAGGAGUGGGGGAGCUGGAGAUGGGCGACUGGCAGGAGGUGUGGGACGAGAACACCGGCUGCUACUACUACUGGAACACCCAGAGCAACGAGGUGACCUGGGAGCUGCCACAGUACCUGGCAACACAGGUCCAGGGCCUGCAGCACUACCAGCACAGCAGCACCGCAGCAGGUGCCAACGGCAGCCUGGCCGCAACCACCGAGCUGUACCCCCAGGAGAAGGGAGCUGCCCCGGGCAGCGCCAGCAGAGGGGCCAGCCUCGCAAAGCGGGAGGUGAAGAAGGAGGUGAAUGAAGGGGUGCAGGCCCUCUCUAACAGCGAGGAGGAGAAGAAGGGGGUGGCUGCAGCCCUCCUGGCACCCCUCCUGCCUGACGUGGUGAAGGAGGAAGAGGAGCGUUGGAGGAGGAAGGUGAUCUGCAAAGAGGAGGUGGAGCCGCCUGCAGAAGAGGAGGCGAAGGCAGAAGAGGCAGCGGCUGCCCCUGAGGAGCCAGAGCCCGCCAGGGAUCCCCUGGAGGACACGCUGCAGGAGGAUCUGUGCAGUGUGGUGCAGUCAGGGGAGAGCGCUGAGGAAGAGGAGGAGCAAGACACCCUCGAGCUGGAGAUGGUGCUGGAGAGAAAGAAGGCAGAGCUGCGUGCCCUGGAGGAGGGCGAUGCCAGCCUGGCGGGCUCCAGCCCGCUGUCGGACGGCAGCCAGCCGGCCCCACACGAUGCCACCCGCCGCCUCGCCUCCAAGAGAGGCAAGUGGAAGCUGUUUGUCGGAGCAGCCAGCCCCGAGUCCGCCAGUCGAGGCCCCGGCAAAACGGGCCGGGAGAGCCCAGAGGGGGAGGAAGCAGUAGUGGCAAGCACAGCAGAAACAGCUGAUGCGAGUUCAGACAAAGAGACAGAGUCUGAGGAGCCCCAGGAGAAAGCUAAAGCCCAAGGGGCACCUAAAAUAGAAGAGGAGGAGCAGGACCUAAAGUUCCAGAUCGGCGAGCUGGCCAACACUCUGACUAGUAAAUUGGAGUUCCUGGGCAUCAACAGACAAUCUAUCUCCAACUUCCACAUGUUGCUGUUGCAGACAGAGACCCGCAUUGCAGACUGGCGAGAAGGUGCUCUCAAUGGAAACUACCUCAAACGCAAACUCCAAGACGCAGCCGAACAGCUAAAACAAUACGAAAUAAACGCCACCCCUAAAGGCUGGUCCUGCCACUGGGACAGGGAGCAUAGGCGCUAUUUCUAUGUUAACGACCGCUCGGGAGAGUCACAGUGGGAGUUCCCCGACGGGGAGGACGAAGACGAGGGACAGCGCAACGCCACCGCCGCCGACAGCGCCAACGACUGCGCCGCCGCCAGCGCCGCCGACGGAAAAGCCGACGGUCCUCCUAAGCCACCUCCCAAAGACAAAGGAGAGCGCCCCGGGGAGCCCGGCGAGCGCCCUGCAGGCUCCCUUUGUAAAGAAUCCUUCUCAGGCCAAGUUCCUGCUACGUCUCUCAUGCCGCUCACUCCAUUUUGGACUCUGCUUCAGUCCUCUGUCCCGGUCCUCCAACCUCCUUUGCCUUUGGAAAUGCCCCCGCCGCCCCCGCCGCCGCCCGACUCGCCGCCGCCGCCCCCGCCGCCGCCACCGCCGCCCGGAGAAGACGGCGAGAUCCAGGAGGUGGAGAUGGAGGACGAGGGGGGCGAGGAGCCGCCCGCCCCGGGAACGGAGGAAGACGCUCCCCUGAAGCCUCUCCCGCGCCCGGCUGCCGGCAGCAGCCAGGGCGCCGUGGAGCCCAGCCCGGCGCCGCUGCUCGCCGCCAAGCCGCACAAGAGGAAAGCUGUGGAGAUGAGCCCGGGGCUGAUGCAGCGAGCGGCCACCAUCGGCAGCUGCCCCGUCCUCUACAGCCAGCCCCUGAUGGCCGCUGGCAAGUACCAGCCGUCGGCCGUGCCCCUGGGCUCGCUGCGGCCGCGCCAGCGCCUGCAGGGCGACAUCCAGGCCCGGCCCAGCCUGCGCCUGGCCCCGGGCCACGCCGGCCCUCAGCCCGCUGCCCUGGGCCUGCAGCCGGGAUACCUGGGCGUGACGGCGCCGGCCGCCGCCUCCGUCAUGGGCUACUCGGAGUGCGCGGCGCCCGUCGGCCUCCCCGCCGCGGCACAGCCCGUCCCGGCACGAGGGGCGCCCCCCGCCGCGGAGCAGCCGCCUCCCCCGCCACCCCCGCAGACGCCCCCGCCCCCCAUCCCCAAGGCCCCGCCGCCGCCGGAGAAGGAGAAGCCGCGGAAGGGGCGGAAGGACAAGGGCAAGAAGGGGAAGACGAAGAUGCCGUCGCUGGUGAAAAAAUGGCAGAGCAUCCAGCGGGAGCUGGACGAGGAGGAGAACUCCAGCUCCAGCGAGGAGGACCGCGAGACCACGGCCCAGCGGCGCAUCGAGGAGUGGAAGCAGCAGCAGCUGAUGAGUGGCAUGGCCGAGAGAAACGCCAACUUCGAGGCACUGCCCGAGGACUGGCGAGCGCGGCUCAAGCGGAGGAAAACUGCCUCGAGCACGUGAGGCAGCUGCACUCCCUCCUGCCUCCAACCUGGGCCUGGGGGGUGGGGGUUUUUUUUUACACAUGUACAGUUCCAAACCCUUCACUUGACCAUUGUCCAAUAAACUGUAGCAGUUUGGGA